GCUGUAGAAAAAGGAACCCUGAAGUGUAACUUUGCCGGAGUGGCUCUGGGAGACUCUUGGAUCUCUCCACUGGACUCUGUUAUGACCUGGGGUCCUUAUCUCUGUCGUGGAACAGGGGUGGAAGGCCCAGAGCUCUGGUCUGUCACUGAGAGUGUCGUGGAACAGAACACAAACGGAGUCAACUUCUACAACAUCCUCACCCAGGAACCUGAUGAGGAGAUGUCCUCCGUGGCUGGAGAAGGAUUCCUCUCCCUGCUGAUGCGGCACCACAUUAGCCCCCUCCACCGCCAAUCACUGAGCCAGUUGAUGAACGGGCCAAUCAGGAAGAAGCUGGGAAUCAUCCCUCAGAACGUCACCUGGGGAGGUCAGGCUGAGGCAGUGUUCAGCAGCAUGUCAGGUGACUUCAUGAAGUCAGUGGUGGACGUGGUGGAUCAGCUGUUGGAUGCUGGGGUCAACGUCACCGUCUACAACGGACAGCUGGACCUCAUAGUGGACACCAUGGGUCAGGAGCAAUGGGUGAAGCAGCUGAAGUGGGUGGGGCUCCAGAGCUUCAGCCAAAUGAAAUGGACUGCCCUCAAUGACCCUGCCUUCCCGGGGGUGACCGGCGCCUUCUACAAGACCUACAAGAACUUCUCCUUCUACUGGAUCCUCAAGGCUGGUCACAUGAUCCCCUCGGACCAGGGACCCAUGGCACUGCAGAUGCUGAAGAUGAUCACACAGCAGGACUAACACACUCACACACUCUCUCACUUAAUAACACACACACACGCAUACCGCACACACUAGAGCUGGACGAUAUGGAGACAAACAAAUCCAGAUUAUGAUAUAUUUCCUUUUUUAUUUGUUGCAAUAUUGUUAAAUCAGUUAUUUUGGGGGGAGGUGUGCUAAAGCCGGACCACAUGGACUAAAAGUCCGAUCGUGAUGAAUGUAACUAUAGUGUUUAAUGGUUAGUUACUUUACAUUAGCGAAGAGCUGGCUAUCGGGAUGAAUGGAACUAUAGUGUUUUUAAUGGUUAGUUACUUUA